UUUUUUUUACGGAAAAUGUUAGUUGUUAGUGAAAGGAAUUUAAACACACGAACUCUUGCUCCCACAUUUUCCUUUCAACCACCAAGCCAACUUUAUAAUAACUCCCGUAGAAUUGUAUUCGUAUUGGUCAUGGUUUUAAAUAGUGGUCCGCAACUGCAAUUGUGGCCGCAUCAACCUCAUUUUCCCGCAAUUGUCUACUAUGUAAAGGUUUUCUAGCUCACUGCAACUCAGUCGCGACCGCAAUUUAAAACCAUGGUAUUAGUGUUAACAAUGUUGAUAUGCUUGUGGAUAUUUCAUAUACAUGAUUUCUUUUUCUUUUCUCCUUUUUUAUUUGGUGCUUCGGGAGACCUUGGUUAUCCCUAAAUCACAUUAGGCUUCAACUUAUCCGAGUUAUAUUGUGUGAACUUGCUUGAAGGAUAAAGUUUUCCCUUGCUACGAAUACUUGUGUACUGAUGAGAUCUUGUUGUAGUACUUCUUGUUUGUGCUUUAUUAAAGAGGAAAAUGGAUCUCAAGGUGAAGGCAGCAACUUCCUUGAAUUCAAAUGCCAAAAAGAAGGCAAAUUUGUUUGCUGAAAAAAAGGAGAGAAUCCGGCUGCCAACAUAUAAUGAUGAUCUUGGAGGCAAGAAAUAUCACAUCAGUGAAUUUCUGAGCCAACCUAGCGGAAUUGCAGCCGUGUUGAAUACGAAGGCCUUGCAAUCAUUUGAAUCUCUUGAUGCUAACACAUACAGGUGUGAACUGCCUAAACUUCAAUUUUUAAACUUUGAAGCUGUGCCAUUGUUGGAUCUGCGGGUUACCUCAACAGAUGAAGAUUGCUUGGUUGAGAUGCUUUCUUGUAAGUUUGAGGGUUCAGAAGUUGUGAAAGAGCAAAACGACCACUUUUCAGCAUUCAUGAGAAACCAAAUGACUUGGGGUGGUGCUGGUGCCGAAUCAUUUUUAGAAGUUGAUGUUAAGUUGAAUCUCACACUUGAGAUCUACACACAACCAUUUACCAUGAUGCCUACUUCAGCCGUUGAGGGUCCUGGAAAUAUAAUGAUGCAAGCUUUGGUGGACAAGCUGGUGCCACUGCUACUUCAGCAGAUGCUGCAAGAUUAUGAUGAAUGGGUUAGAAAGCAAUCAUAUUCCUUAAAGUCAUUCUAGGUACGUAAAAGCCACUUGUACAAACUUUUUGGGUAGAGACAACAGAGGAGGGAGAACCUUUGAUGUUUAGGGAAAAGGAGAGAAAAAUGAAUGGUGAAAAUUUGAUUUCUGAAAGACUUCUGUUGAAAUCUGUGUCCAUGUAAACAUUACUCUUCUGGUUGAUAUUUAGUAACAAGUGUCUCUUUCUGUCUUCUA